UGUGCUGCACUGUGUCAAAAUGCCUCCGUCUGCACAACUGACAUCUUUAAUUCUUUGCUCUGUCUGCGUAACCGCCAACUCUGAUCGCGAACAGGAAAUUCUUUCUGUUUCCUCCAGUUGAUUGUGAAAAGGUUCUGGAACAUUUGCUGUUUUCAGAAGAGCAAUGAGCUGCCAAUACAUUCUCUUAUUUUUAUUCCUCUGCGGCUUUGCUGCGCUCACUGUUGCAGAGAUAUGUAAAACAGAACUACUAGAGGGAACGUCCUGCACCCUAAAGCUGCCAACAACAAACACUGACAAAUCUAAUGAGAUCAAAUGGGCCCAUACCACCAGUAACGCUGUAAUUGUGAGGAAAAAUAAUAAGAACAAAUCAAACACUCCAGGUCUAACAAUUGAAGAUGAUGGAACAUUAACAUUCAAAAGUGUUAGUCUGAACAACACCGGCAAAUAUACAUACACUGUUUUUAAUGCUGACGGUACACAGAUUGGUGCUGGAGAUAAGGAAAUUAACGUUUAUGCAAAGGCUCCUAAACCUACUGUGAAGAUCGACUGCAAACAUGGUGACGCUACACUCACCUGUGACAUUAGAGACCGUACAGAUCUGACUGUAUCCUGGUAUAAAGAAGACAAUAUCAUCCAGACUGAAAAAAACACAAAACUGCUCUUGACAUCUGCUCAAGUACAAGAGAAUAAACUGUACACAUGCAAUGUAAGCAAUCCUGUCAGCAGUAGGGAAAGUGACAGCGUUACAGUAUCAUGUACAGGUACUACAGGUGACGGCUCAGGUCCUCAUAAACUCUUUGGCUUUGAUUUAUGGAUCAUGGUGAGCAUUUUAGCAGGUGGAGGAGCCCUUCUGCUGCUGCUGAUGUGUGUUCUUAUCAUCUGUGCAUGUCGAAGCUGUAAAAAACAAAAGAAGCACGAACAAGAUGAAGAUGAGCUCAGACUGAGGGUUUUUCAAGAUGAAGCUCAUACCGGUACAGCCAGAUCCAAACACACUGCUAGGGGGCAACCGGCGCCCCCCAUCCCGCAAGAAGACACAUCUCCACAAACCCCAACUCAAACCCAGACUCAGCCCAAAGCCCAGACCCGCGGUCGACCUCCACCACCGCCUGAGGACGAUGAGGAAAAUCCUCCUCCCUUACCUCGACCGAGGAAUAAACAACACCGCAAGAGACAUGAAGAGCCGUACCGACCAAUGGAAUGAGAUGCUUGUAUGUUCACUGAACGACAGUAACUCAGGGCCUUAACGGAAUCAUUUUCAUAAGCCAUACUGGGAUGCUAAGAGUGUCAUUUAAGAAAUAGCACGGUAAAAAUGAAAUGUGGUCAUGUACUCACCCUCAUGUUCUUACAAACUUGUAUUGUUUUCUUUAUUUUCUUCAAACACCAAAGGAGGUCUUAGGCAGAAUGCCAAAGCGGUUCUUGUCCAUACAGGGAAAAGAGAUGGUGAUUUAUACUUAAGCCUCAUAAACCAUAGUCCUUAAGACUUGUGCGCUGUACAAAGUCUUGAAUAAUGAUUUACAACGCAAAA